AGAAAGUAAGCGCUAGAGAGCAGCAUUUUUCAAAAAAGGAGGAAGUGAUCGCUGGUUGAAAACAGAAUGGAAAGAGAAAGUAAAGCUUGUUGCUGGUAGUUACAAUUUCGUUGUGAGAAAUAUUUCAGAAAAACGGUUAACUGUCUUCAGUGUCGCGUGAUUUUGCCAAAAAAAAAAAAAUUCCUGUUCGGCUUGCUGGGAAGGCAAGCCAGUUGUAGGAGCCCUUCCUCUUUCUUCCUCGAUACUGUAGUCAUCCUCGGUGGCGGUGGGAGCAGUCGGGGAUAGGCCUGUAUCGAGAGGUAAAACACUGUUAUUGCGGGGUACUUAGCAGUAUCGGCGCGGUGUGGUGAUACACGGCGAAUAAACGGGAUCUGAAGGCCAUGGCGGACAGCGCGGCGGAGGUGACAGGUGGAAUGGGCUUGACUGCCGGAGCCAGCCAGGGCAGCGGUACACAGCUACCGGCGUUGGGGAAUUCUCUGUCAGCGGACUCGAGUGGAAACAGCCCGGCUUCGCCGUCCCCUGCUACGGCUGCUGAGACCGGCCUAGCCGUGAUGGCUCCGGGCAUUGGAGACAUCCCUCUACCGACCAUGGGGAGCGGCUUUGGUACCACCAUAGGGGUUCUUGGUACCGCAGUGGGCACUGCCAUCCUCGCGCCAUCAAAUGCGGCCCCCGCAGUUCAUAAUAUAGGGCUGGGGGUGACUGGAAGCCCGAACCUGGCCGGGGCAGGUCUGCUGUCUCAGAUACACUCUACUUUUUGGGAUCCGACCCUAAGUACCGAUUGGGAUAACGAGAAGCCGUCUCAGCAAUGCAUUCUCCGGAUAAAGAGGGAUAUUAUGUCCAUUUACAAGGAACCUCCUCCAGGCAUGUUCGUGGUUCCAGAUCCUCAUGACAUGACAAAGAUCCAUGCCCUGAUCACUGGACCUUUCGACACUCCCUAUGAAGGGGGCUUCUUCCUCUUCCUGUUUCGCUGUCCCCCAGAUUAUCCAAUACAUCCACCUCGGGUGAAACUCAUCACCACAGGCAACAACACUGUGCGCUUCAACCCAAAUUUCUACCGCAAUGGGAAAGUGUGCCUCAGUAUCCUCGGGACAUGGACUGGUCCGGCAUGGAGUCCAGCCCAGAGCAUUUCCUCUGUUCUGAUCUCCAUCCAGUCCCUUAUGACAGAGAACCCCUAUCAUAACGAGCCUGGCUUUGAACAGGAAAGACACCCCGGUGACAGUAAAAACUACAAUGAAUGCAUCCGCCAUGAGACGAUGCGAGUGGCCGUGUGUGACAUGCUCGACGGGAAGUGUCCCUGUCCCGAGGCCCUCUGGAGUGUAAUGGAAAAGUCCUUCCUGGAGUACUAUGACUUUUACGAAAGUGUGUGCAAAGAGCGCCUACAUCUGCAGGGACAGACCAUGCAGGACCCAUUUGGAGAAAAGCGGGGCCAUUUCGACUACCAAAGCCUGCUGGUGAGACUCCAAGCCAUCCAGCACCGGGUGCGUGAGAAAUGCCAGAUGGAGGACAAUGAUGCCGAUACGGACUCUGACACCAGUUCCUCUGGCACAGAUCCGGAUAGCCAGGGCAGCUCCAAGCUGUAACAUUGGGCUCACAUAUGAACCAACCCCAACUCCUGCGGAGCACUUGAUACUCAACUUUGCUGUGGAUCUUGGAGAUGUAUUUUUCUUCGUUCAUGGAAACUUUAACAUAAACAAAGCAAGGGUUCUGUGGGUCCUGGCAGGGUUGUGGACGAAGAUUCAUUUUAUGAGCUGGACAAGUUUAGGUAAUAAUAAAAGGACAGUUCCUGUACACCAACAGGCAAUGGAUUCUGACUGGCAAUAGACAGGAGGCUCAUCUAUAUCUUUGUACUAUUUGGUUGUCGUCAUUCAGCACCUGCUCUGUCGUUCUCACACCAAUGAUAUCUGAUGCUUCCAGAAGGAGGUUUCUAAGGACACAGUGAUGGCAAGAACGUGAAGGGGGGCUGGACAUGCAUCCUGCUCAUCAUGAUUACUUGUGAUGGAUUUCAGACCAGAGGAUUAAUACAGUAACUUAAUAUGGUAGACCUUUCUGCAUCUGCUAGAUUGUCUAAGAUGUACUACCACUAUUAGGAACUGGGAAUUGAUAGCAUUUUUGAAGGAGCAGUCAUGUUCCAUAGAGUAUGAUAAGUCUUACAUGGAAGAGUUUUAAAGUGAGACAAGCACACACCCAGUCCUGUGUAUUGCAAUUCUAGCGCGUGUGUGAGAGAGUGGAUUUUUCUUUAAGAGUUAAUAGUUUGGAAUCAAUUUUUGGAUCAUGAGAAGGAUUAUAAUUCGAAUGGCAAAACCAUGCUCAUAAAUACCUAUAUUUAAAAUUCUGAAAGAUUAAAGAUGGCGUAAAAGGUUAGAAAUCACAUUUGUAAUAAUUAGAUACCUGGAUAAAAUUUACUGGAAAGAAAAGGCUUCACUGAUAUACAGAUUAUCAGAUUGUGGAUGUGGCUCAGAUACCACCCUGUGUUUUGAUAGUUUGCAGUGUUGGUUGUACCAGCUUCUCUAAUGUAAAUACUUGGAGGAGUUUUGUAAAAAAAAAAAAGUUACUAAACAUGAAUCCUAACCACCCAUUAUAUGUAUAAGAAGAAACCUUGUAAUGGGGAAAUAUUUUGAUUGAAAACAAUGACUGCCCUUGGUUUAGCAAGCUGAAUUGCAGCUAUGCAUAGGAUGAAGCCGUAUGACUGGUUUCUGAAAAUUAUUCUAGGCAGCACAGUUGUAUAUAGACUACUUCUUUAGAAUGGUUGUAUCUGCAACCUGUCAAAAUGUGAUCAUUCAGUUCUUCAUGUCUCAGGGGACACUGUGAAUGGUCUUUUUGUGCAUGGAGAUAUUUAGUUUGAUUUUCUUUAUCAUUUUCAAUGUACAAAUUGUCUUUUGGAGUUUUGCAUCCUCUGAAACUUUAAAUGUCAUCUGCUCCCAAACAAGGCUAUUACUCCCUUCAGUAUUGCGGGUGGUAGAUAUUGCAUUUUAAGCUCCGCAAUGCUGGUAUUUUAAUCUUCAAGCUAUCACAACAUAAAUUCAGUCCAAUAAUGUCAAAUAAAAAUAGGCUGUCCUGCUAUUUUUGUCUUUUAAAUAAGCACCAGAUUUAGACUUUUGGGCUAAUACAAAUUUAAAACUAAAAAUACGAUAUUAAACAAUAAUUGGGAUUUAUUCGUGUUGAAAUUCACAAAGAAUAUGAAUUGACGAAAAAAAAAUAUUUCGUCUGUAUGACUUCAGGUCGAUAUAUUUGGUCUUCAAAUAAUGCUGUUUCGGCAUGUGUUAAUAAUUAUUUGGUUAGAUAAAGCAGAAAUUAACCAGAAUGGUCAGUUUGUAUUUGAUUCUUCAUCUUUCCAAUAACAGAUGCCCAGAUGCCAGCAUGCUUUGCACCAAUGAUGACACAAGUUUAGUUCUGCUUCAGAGUAUUUUCAUAAAAUAAAGGGGCUGGUGUACUUUAAUUAAUGGAUUAUGAAACUUUAGACCAACGUAUAUGACUGCAGCAAUGAACUGGACUGUUAUAACAAACUUUAACUGACACCUCUCAUUAAAGUGCCUAUUUUGGAAUUUACUGAUGCAAA